ACUCUACCGCCUCACUCGCCCCUCCCCUCAGGAGGAACCUGCCUGCCCUCCUCUCAGGUGGGACCUUACGCCUUUCGCCUGCCUGACUCCAUUCGCCACAAGAUCUGUGCCAGUCUGGACGCGCCCAGCGCUCGAGGAUGUGACUGGAGACUACUGGCCCGCAGUCUGGGCUUCGACAGGUACUUGAACUACUUUGCAACAAAGCCGAGCCCCACAGGUGUUCUGCUGGACUUGUGGGAAGCUUGUCACCAGGCCGACGCAGACCUGGUCUCUCUGGCGACCGCGCUGGAAGAGAUGGGCAAAAGUGAGGUGCUUGUUGUCAUGACAACGGAUGGGGAUUGUUGAUUGGUAAAAGGAACAAGAGAGCAAGACAGACUCCUUCUUUUUUUUCUGCACACCGCCGUGAUGAAAAAUAGGAAUAUGCACACGACUCGGGCAACACCUCACAAAGCCCACAGAGGCAUUUUUGUCUCCUUCACAUGAACUGUAUUACCUCUGCCUCAUCUUCCUUUCACUGCC